ACCAUUCCGGCGGUGACGCGAAGAGAGCGACGGCGUGAGUAGAACCGGAAGAAGCUUUGGAGCCACUUCCGGAUAAUGGGUGUCUGCCCCUUCGUUCCCGGAAGUGGAAGGGAACGGCGUUGCCAUGGCGGCGUCUCUCGGGCAGGUGCUGGCUCUGGUGUUGGUGGCCGCUCUGUGGGGUGGCACACAGCCUCUACUGAAACGGGCCUCCUCCCGCCUGCAGCAGGUUCAUGAGCGGACCUGGGCCCGGCAGUUGCUGCAGGAGAUGAAGACCCUCUUCUUGAAUACUGAGUACCUGAUGCCCUUUUUCCUCAACCAGUGUGGCUCCCUUCUCUACUACCUCACUUUGACAUCAACAGAUCUGACCCUAGCUGUGCCCAUCAGUAACUCCCUAGCCAUCGUCUUCACAUUAAUUGUUGGGAAGGUCCUUGGAGAAGAUAUUGGUGGAAAACGAGCAUUCGCAGGCAUGGUGCUCACCGUGGCAGGAAUUACACUCUGCGUCACAAGCUCAAUGAACAAGACCCGGGGACAACUGUCUACCCUUUGAAUGGGCCAACGACACCCUCCAGCCCUGCUGUCUCCAGGAAGCCUCUGGGCCAUGAGCUGCAGGCAGUGAGAAGAUGGACCUGGCAUUUACCCUUCUGAGCCUCUGCUUCGGACUCUUACACGGCUAAUAGCUACCUCAUGGAUCACAGGAAGAGAACAAGAGAGCCUUGUAACUUUCAAGUACCAUUCAACUGCUGGGAUUUAGCACGAGAGACUUCACGCUCACUCAGCAACCAUUCUGCCCCAGCAGCUCUCCGCCUGCUGCCACAUCAGGCCCCCAGCCCAGCCACUGUUACUGCGGCCUGAUCUGGACUCUCACAGCAGUGGGGUCGAUGGACUGCAGAACCCCAGCUGCACAGAGGGCCAGCUACAGUCUUUGAUUCAGAAAUACAAACAAAAGGCCUUAGGGCUCAGUCAGGGAGGCUUGGCUGGCUGAGGAGGGAACUGAGGGGAAGAAGGUGCAUCAGAAUGGCAGGUGUAAGGGAGAUGAACUGUUUGUUAGCUUUGCAUCUCCCACCUGUGAGGUGGGUGGGAAACCUCAACUGCCUGCUCCUCUAAAACAGAUAGACACCUGUGAGCCCAGCACCACUAGGUCCAUUGUGUGAUGCAAUGCCUCAUGAGCAGGACCCUGUAAUAAAUCUGUAGUAAACAGA